AUGGAAGAGAACGGACAGGUUUCGUCCUUGUCGUCGUCUGACGGCGCUGAGUGCUGGAGACGGGAUUGUCUUGUUCUCUCCAAUCAGACACAAAAUCUUCUUGUCGCCAUACGCUCCAACGGAAAGUUUGGCGCAAAUGCCCGUUUUGCAAAUGCGGGGCGAAUCACUGAGCAUCCCUUGUUACGUCAACUGAAGGCGCUUCAGCGUGAGAUUAUGACUCCGGCGUUGGUGCGUUAUAUCAGCGAGGAGGCCAUUCUUCGGCCAUUCUGUGAUCUUUAUAGUUCGGAAGAAAUGGGUGACACAAUAGUAGGCGUCGCCCUGGCUUCAUUGUCAAAUCUCAUUGACCUUCGUUGUUCCUUUAUUACAAGGAACGGUCUUGAGAUGAUCCUUAAAAUUGUGCAUGGAAAGAAGGGUGAAGCAAGCGAUAUUUCUACAUACGAGGUAGUGCUCGCUAGAACUUUGCAGUUGUAUGUGAGUUGUGCAGGCCAUCCCUGCGCGCGAGGGUUGCCCGAGGAUCUUUUCAUUCGGAUAUUACGACGUGCGUGCAAAGUGGCACUUCAUCCGAUGGUUAGUCCCCUGCUUCGUCGAACGGCUGAACAAGCCAUGAAGUCUAUUGUUACAUCUCUGUAUACGUUUGUUGUAAAGAAUAGGCCCCAUUCCAGCCCGUUGGAAGAGAAGAAUGAAACAGCGGUGAAUAACGAGGCAGGGGAGGAAGAGGAGUCAUUCCUUACGGGAGCUAAUAUGCUGCGUUAUAUUUGCACCCUUAUAAUGGGAUCCGAUAAUGAAAGGGGAUCUAAUUCAGACAUUCAACGCUCCGUCAAUAAAUCAUCGCCCAAAGCUGCAGCAGUGCAGUUAGAAGGACUAUGGCUGGUACAAGCCAUGUUGCUUGUUGUCAAUGAUUGUCUCUGUGAACCUGGCUGGGAGGAGUUACUCCAUAGUGUUCAACAAGAUCUUUGUCGUGCACUUCUCGUGACAGGAGUGAGUACGGAGAAUAUUAUUGUACUCUCUCUGAUACUUCGAACAGUACACAUUGUGGUGAAAAUUGCUUCUAUUCAUGUGGUGCCACAGACCUUUUCUUUUAUUAGGGUUCUCCAUCUUGAUCCAAUUAUGCGCAUGACGGAAGAACUUCGCUCCGGUCCAUCAUCACCGGGAAGAAACAUUUCUUCGCCCUCCAUGGCGACCUCACCGUCUAUGCCUACAGGAUCUCAAGCGCAUAGGAGUAUAACACAGGUGAUGGAUCUAUAUGAACGUCGAGAGCUUUUAUUGGAGAGUCUUGUAGAAUUCUGUGGGGAUGCCGAUUUUUCCACAUUCUGCUACGCGCAGUAUGACCUUUCACGACGUUUUCCCCCUUUGUUUGAUAGGCUGUGUGCGGUAUUGGUCGAAAAUUGUUUUUAUGUAGUCGAUGAAGACAGUUCCUCUGCCUUACGAAGGGAAGAACGCACUGGUGUCUCUUUUGAUUUUGGUGCAGAGGGGUUUUUGACACAAAUGGACGCACUCGCCUUGGAGGCCAUGAUUGGCCUUUUACGUCAAACGUCUCUGGCUGUUUCGCAUCCGUUGCCACCUCCAGCAGAGUUAACGUCUUUGAUUUUGUCUCGGCUGGAACAGAAAAAAUUACUGAUGGAGUUUGCCUCCCUUUUUCGAAGAAACGCUAUCAAGGAGGGAAUUCCAUUUCUUCUUGGGAACGCAACCCGUGUGCCCGCCGGGUCAUCCUACCGCAAUAUUUUUGGAAGUGGCGUGGCAGACACACCGGCUUUUGUUCUUGUUGAGCCCGCUGGUGGACGUGAGGUGGGUGCCUGUCUUUAUUAUCUUAGCGACGUGCUGGACAAACGUGCACUGGGGGAGUAUCUUGGCGAGCUCGGUCGGGAGCUGCCCGCACCAGCAUCUGGCGAGGGGGAAGAGGGCGCGGCGGCCCUUGCAGCCUGGGAAUCAGAACGAGAGAAGUCUCAUUUGCAGGCAGGAACUGUUCGUUUCUACGAGGAGCAGCUGAAGGGGUUUUUACAGGAAUUUGAUUACCGCAACAAGUCCCUGUUGUCUUGCAUUCGUGAAACCGCCUACCGUAUGUGCAUGCCAGGGGAGGCGCAAAAGAUUGAUCGCGUCAUGGAGGCAUUUGCGAAAAUUUGGGCUAAAUCUAAUUUUGAUGCGGGGAAGGAAAUUAAUCCUUUUUGUAGUGAGCAGGGGCCAUUUAUUCUUGCCUUUUCCUUGAUUAUGUUGAACACGGAUCAACACUCUGGUAAAAUGAUGAAGCCAAUGAAAAAAGAGGACUUUAGACGUGUGCAUCGUGACAGUGAUGGUGGUAAUAAACUUCCAGACGAAUUUUUGGAUCGAUUAUAUGACGAUGUAAAAGCCCAUCCAAUUAUUAUGGCGGAGAUGAUUGAUGCAGGCUUCUCAAAUGAUGUCACCUGGGCAUUGGAAAUGCGGGAACUUGCCCUUUCUAAAGAUGUGAUAUCAAAGGAUGCCUUAAUGAGAUGCUCUAUGCAAGUUACCGGAUCCAAUCCUAAGGAUCAAGCUGUUGCUCAAGCCCUGCAUGCCUUUGUUUUUUCUUCUUUAUGGAAUAAUUGUCUCACCGCAUUUUCCAACACAAUAUACAUGUGUGGCAUCUCCCUUGAGCAAUAUCUCAUGGCGGAGGGAGAUGUGGAGUUGGAAAGUACCAAACUUGAUUCCUCCUUAACUCCGGCCGAAGAGGCGUAUAAUGUUGCGCUCGACGGUUUAUGUUUUCUAGCCAAGACUGCCACGAUGUUUGGCGUUGUGUCUGCCGUCAACCAUGUCGUUUUGGUUCUUUUAUCACAACUCCCGCUUGACAUGCAGGAUGCCAAUGGUUCAUUGGUUCGUCUCGGUAAUCAGCGUUUCUCUCUGCAUUGUUUAGAAAAACUGUUUUGUGUCCUCCAUGACUGCAUGCCGAUGGUGAUAGAUGCCUGGGGGGAGUUGGGCAACUUUUUUUCUAAAUCCUUCUUGCUGGGUGUCUUUGCGAAGGAACCAAACGUUACUUCGUCAACGUCUUCCUCGACGGAUUGCACUGAAGUAUGGGAGGAACUGCGCCAUAAUCCGAGGAUAGUUGUGGCGGGAGCCAAACGUGCGACUUCUGAGGGUGGCUGGUUUGCGGCGUUGUGGGGCUCAUCCAUUUCCUCCGAACGUGCGAAAGCACAGGAAGGUGAGGAACGACGGGCGAUGGAGCGUGUCAAGAUGCUCUUCCCCACGAUGGAGGAAUUUCUGCGAAUGAUUGACAAGCUGGAGGACAAGGCACACCUUCAGUUUUUUCGUGCUUUGUGCGAGACGGGGAGAAUGAAAAGCAAAGGGGCCGCGGACAGUUAUGCUGCCUCAUAUAUGAUGCUUCUCGUCACAGAGGUUGCCAUUCGUCGUUCAACCGAUAACGUUGUGCUGGAAUGCUACAUGAAGCUAUGUCAGCAGGUAACAUCAAGCAUAUUUGCCACUAUUAAUCAACCGAAAAACUUGCGUUCACAGCAGAGCAACAACAACAGCUGCAAUGAUGGUAGUGGGAGUGGCUGCAACAGCAACAAGAAUAACACGACUAGUGCUGCGAUUGAAUACGAAUCUUCCCUGACUGAACCUAGCCAACCGAUCCGUCCUGAAGCCCACGAGUAUUGGUUGUCACUGGCAAUCCGCGUGGUAAAGGCACUCCUUAGAGCUUUCAAACAUUUUAUCUGUCAUUAUUUGCAGCAGGAGGUGGGACCACAAGUUUUGGAUCUGCUUACCAAUGCCCCUUCCAAGGUCUUCACGUCCGUGGUUGCUCCAUUACUUUCUAGCACCUUGCUAGAAUUACUUUCUGAGCCACAAUAUCUACCGCACGUACCGACCCAUUCCAUCUUGGUUAGACUGUUGAAUACGCUUUGCAUGAUGGCAACCGCAUGUAGUCACCCUCUAGUGCAGUGGCGAACGAGGAAGGCGCUAACGAUUAUGGUGAAAGAGGAACAUUACGAUAUUCUGCGAGAUGGUGAGGAUGUUAUAAACGCCUUGGUCACCUAUGCCCUGGAGUCAUAUAGUGAAGAUGAAGAAGCUGUUGGAUGUGUAGCGAAUGCGAGUGAGGUGGAUCAAGGUGAGAAUUUGGAAAGUAUUGCAGAUGAUGUUACCACGAUCUGUCGUCGCCUUGUGGCCGCUCAUGAUUUAGGAAGUACUGAUAAUGAGAAUACUGAGUGGCAUCGGGUGUGGAUUGCCUCACUUCGAGGCCUAUGUGCUUUGGUUGUCUUGUCGCGCCAGUACCGCGAUAGAAGUGAGGCCCUGUUAUGCCUACAGCAUUGCUUGUUGGAUUCGGAUAUUAAGCGACUUCCUGUCGCUUCCAUUUCUUUGUUAUACGAAGACGUUGUUUUCCCUCUUACUGAACAGAUUUGUGCGCCAUCCUCUGCAGCUGAUCCUGCACCGUCAAGGAGUACCAAGACACCCGCCGAUACCGCCGUGAAUCCGACUUCCACCCAAACGUUUGUGACAAGUCUUUUAAGCUCGUUUUCGCCGCGACCGACAGCAAAGGUGGCGACGAAGAAUUCAGCUGACCCGUCCAGUGCUGCAAGGGAAAGAAACCAAAUUGUGGCCAUCGACCUAAAGUGCCGUGUUGUGGGCCUGCUGCCUAAGGUGCUUUUACACUACGUGAAAUCCCUUGGAGAGACGCCGGAGGUGUUACAGGAACUUUGGCAACGUAUACUGGGUACCCUCUAUGCCCUUUACACCGCCCCGACAGAAAGUAGUUGCAACACAGUGACGGCCGAUGCACAGGACGCGAGGGAGUUGAGGCGUUGUAACGCUCUAACGGAGGAAGAGAAUGUUCUGCGUGAGGCCAUCCAAGAAACGAUAAAGAAUAUGAUAUACGUUCUCUCCGCGACGCUCUCUGAGCCUGAGUGUGAAGAGGUUAUGCAGCAGACACCGUACUUUUGGACGUCCACCAAAAAUUUGUUGCGUACAUUUGAUUUUGCUGGGCCUCUUCUCGCCCACAUUGACGCUCUUGACGGUUGA